AUGUCCAACCUCCCUUUAAUGCCAGAGGUCCCCUUCCUGGCCAACGACGAGUCGAUGCUGACCAGACGCUUCGGCAAGGAGGUAGUAAACUAUUACUCUGGCUCGACGCUGAACCGGUACUCCUUCUUGCGGUCGGACUCGGUCUUCCUCAGCGGAGCGGUGCGCAGCCCCGCAGCCCGCUUCGUCGUGCUGCACACCCUCAACCCGCUCGCCGUCGACAGGACGCGGCUGGCGCACCUCGAGCUCAGCGACGUCAGGGCCCUGAUCGGCCCGAACCCCUUCAGUCUCACCGAGGAGGAGUCGGACAGGCAGUUCGACUCGUCCAAGCGGUCCCCCCUCGUCGUCUUCCUAGGCCUCUUCGCCGGCCAGGGCUCCUCGACAGACGACAUACCCACCGCGGAUCACGGCGUAGUGCGCGGGGACCCCUUCUUCGCCAUCGAUGCCACCCCCAGGCCACCCUACGAGGAUGCCGCCAACGCCCUGAUUGAGAGCCAGGAGGAAAAGGGGAACACGAUCCAGACAAACCCGAGGGCCAUGUCUCUCAACUCGGAAGCAGCCGCCAUGUACGCCCAGUCCCGCUCCAUGAUUGACUGGAACAACCGCAACUCCUUCUGCGCCGGCUGCGGCAACCCGACCAAGCCCUCCCAAGCCGGCUACAAGCGCGUCUGCCCCCCGCGAGACGCCGCCGCCUCCCCUCCCGAGCGCCCCGACUGCCCUACCCGCCACGGCGUGUCGAAUCUGUGCUUCCCCCGCACUGACCCCACCAUGAUUGCCGCCGUCGUCUCGGCCGACGGCCAGCGCGUCCUCCUCGGCCGCUCCCCUCGCUUCCCCCCGGACUGGUACAGUACCCUGGCCGGAUUCCUCGAGCCGGGCGAGAGCAUGGAGGAGGCCGUCCGCCGCGAAGUCUGGGAGGAGGCCGGCGUGCGUGUCGGCCGCGUCGUCAUCCACUCCACCCAGCCCUGGCCGUACCCUGCCAGUCUCAUGAUCGGCGCCAUCGCCCAGGCCCUACCCGGCGGCGAGGACAUCAACCUCAACGACAGAGAGCUCGAGGACGCCAAGUGGUAUACCAUGGAUGAGCUACGCAAGGCCCUAGGUGACCGGUCCUGGCCUCUAGGACAGCACGCCCCGAGGCAGCAUGUCCCCGGCGAGCUCGGCUUGCCGCCCAGUCAGGCUAUUGCUAACCAGCUCCUCACGGCUGUGGCGAACGGCUUCCUCACCACUAUUCCGAAGAUGUAG